AUGACCAAUACUUGGAGCAUUCUUUGUUUAUCCAAAUUUUCCAAACAAUUAAAUGAUGUUUUUAAAAAAUCUUUAUCGAUAACUAAUCGUAUAAGUUUGAUUAAUAUUUACUAUGUUUUGUCACCUGGAGAAGUUCUUUCCACUCCUGUUUCUACUGUUUAUCAGAAAUUGGUUAAAAAGAUGCAAGAUAUAGUUGUACCAGAUACUGCUUUAUUGUAUCCUCUUCCAAGGAAGCAAUUUUUGGCUGAAUUAUGGAUUACCUCUGGGAAGCUGUUGGUGGUUCUUGAAUCUUCAUUAUUUAUUGAGGAUGUACCUCAUUCGGUAGACUUUCAAAAAGACCUCACGAUCGUAACUGAAUACAUAGCCAGUGGUGGGCGUGUUCUAUUGAUUUUAAAUACGACAGAGGUGAAUAAUUUCCCCUCAUCGAGUCUUGCUCAUUAUGCUUUACUUUCAAACGAAUCUUCUAAUCUGUUUGAAAACAAUUAUUCAUACUGGAAAUGGAUGUAUAAAGAUUCGAUUUUAACUGGUGGAUAUCAUCGCCUGGAAAGUGAUAAUGAUAAGGAGGUUGAAGUUCAAAAGGAUCAACCAUUAAUUGCUAUUCUCAGUAUUGAUUGUUUGAAAAUCGAAGCAACACGUUUGGAAAAUGCGUUCAACCUUCUUGGGAUACCGUGUGUACCUUGUGUUGAUCUGGAAAACAAUACACAUGAUAAACUACUGUCUAAUUCCCUAUCCUCAGUUCAUUUAUCCGAUUCAAAGACUUUGUAUUGUUUUACACCGGACUCUGAGAAAAAGAAGAUCGUUAAUUUUCUCAUUACGGAAUUUUCAACGAAAUGCAAAAAAGAGAUUUCCUAUUGUUCUACUCUAUCUGAUCUUCCAUUGGGUUUCAACUGGAUAGAUUAUUUUUCAAAUCUUCAUACUGAACAUUUAGGUAAAUUGAUUGUUUGGUCUAACUCAAUGGAAUCUAGUUGGGAUUUCUGUCAACAAUUCUUUGAACGAAUCCAUCCAAAUUCUGGUCUGUUGGUAUGUUCUAAUAUUCAAUCUAAAGGGAAAGGUCGAGGAGAGAAUAAGUGGAUUAGUCCUGUUGGACAAGCUGCAUUUACAUUCCAUUUAACAUUAUCCACUUCCAAUAGUCAAAUGUUUAUGAAUUGUGUGACUUGUGUACAACAUAUUGUAGCGUUGAGUGUAGUUUUGGCUUGUAGACAAUUAAUUGCUGAACAUUUAGAGAUCAUUUCAGGUGAUACUAAUUUUUGUGAUAUCAAUGAAGAAUUUCUUGUUGAUCUUCAAUAUCAUGGACCUAAAAUCCUUAUUAAAUGGCCAAACGAUAUUUAUGUUGUCGAAAAUAUUAAUUGGUGUAAUAAUCAAGAUGUCAGUUCGACGCUUUUGCAACAAAAUAUUAUUGGAAAAUUGGCUGGUGUAUUAGUUCGUUGUCGUUUAGUUGAUUCAAAUCACGUGGAAUUAUUGAUUGGCUGUGGCAUUAAUGCAUUCAAUGAACUACCUACGAUAUGUUUAGAACAUGUAUUGAUCAAAUCUCAUCCGUGUAAUAAGAGACCAACAUUUUCAAUUGGCAAGUUAAUUUCACUUGUAGUAAGUUACAUUGAAAGAAUAAUCACGAGGAUCUAUAAUCCGAAUUCAAAUUAUGAUCUUGGAUGGGUGCUUCACUUAUACACGAAAUGCUGGAUUCAUACUAAUCAAAAAGUUCAACUUUACGUCAAUCCAACGUUGAGUGAAAAUAACCCUGGCGUAAUUGAUCAACAGCAUUCAACUGAUACGAAUACCUACCGCAUAGUUGGAUUAGUAAUUAUGGUUAUCAUUAGUAGAAGAUAUAUGUACUGGGAUUCGAACAUAAGUUACAUCCAGAUGGCAAUUCAAUGGAUAUGA